ACAGGCGCACACAGUGAGGGGGAUGUUAAAGUCUGUUUGUCUUUGUGAAUCACCGCACCCUUGCAAACUAGACGAUUACUAAUUCAGCACGGACUGUAUAAUUGGACCGACAGGGGAACACCAACCCAUUCUGCCUCUAUAUAAAAGUGAAGAUCACUGCGGGUGAAAAAACAGAGGGUCUAUUAGAUGUCUCCAGCGAACAACUGAGAUGGCCACAUAUCUGUCCUUACUGCUGCUCUUUGCUUGUGCCUCCACAAGCUCUUCAAAUCCAAAUAGCUGCAAGGGUCGUUGUGGAGAAGGGUACUACAGGGGAAGUUUCUGCCAGUGUGACUAUGAGUGUCUGGGCCUGAAUGAGUGCUGUACAGACUUUCAAAACUUGUGUACUUCAAAGAACUCAUGCAAAGGACGCUGCGGGGAGCCUUUUAAUAGAGGCAAUCCAUGUCACUGUGAUAUAGACUGUGUCCCAUACAGUCAGUGCUGCCCUGAUUAUGAGAGCAUGUGCUUGAUGGAAGAAUCCUCCAAUGAAGAGAUGACCAAUGAGGAAGGGGCUGGAGAAGAGUUAAUGAUCCCUGAGGAUGAAAGCGAGUCCACACCUUCUGAAACCUCUGAGAUCAUUUCAUCUUACGCAGAUACAGAUAUAGAAGUGAAAGUUGGGGAAAACAGCACUUCCUACUCAGAGAAUGAGGAGACCACUCAGGAACCAAACAGCAGCAUCUUGGCUUCAUCCCUGCUCCCAUCCAGCCCGUCUCUCACCCAGACAGCAGAUGCAAGCAGCAUGCUCUCUGCUGAUGAGGACCCUAUAGAGUAUACUACUCAACAGCCAUCUGAGGAAAUGACAACUUCCAGCACACCACAGCCACAAGAGAAUGCAAGCACAGCACCAACAGAAAGUCCUACAAGCACAGCAACAACAGAAGGUCAAGCAAGCACAGCACCAACAGAAGGUCCUAAAAGCAUUGCACCAACAGAAAGUCCUACAAGCACAGCAUCAACAGAAGGUCCAUCAAGCACAGCACCAACACAAGGUCCUACAAGCACAACACCAAAAGAAAGUCCUACAAGAACAACAUCAACAAAAGAUCCUACAAGCACAGCACCAACAGAAGAUCCUACAAGUACAGCACCAACAAAAGAUCCUACAAGCACAGCACCAACAGAAGAUCCUACAAGUACAGCACCAACAAAAGAUCCUACAAGCACAGCACCAACAGAAGAUCCUACAAGUACAGCACCAACAAAAGAUCCUACAAGCACAGCACCAACAGAAGAUCCUAUAAGCACAGCACCAACAGAAAGUCCUACAAGCACUGCACCAACAGAAGGUCAUACAAGCACUGCACCAACAGAAGGUCAUACAAGCACUGCACCAACAGAAGGUCAUACAAGCUCUGCACCAGCAGAAGGUCCUACAAGUGUCACUGAAAUGACUACAAUGGCACAGGGUGAAGAUCCAAAGGAAUCAUCAUCUCUCAAGGAUUCUAGAGCUACCUCAGUCCCAAAGACACCGUCCACUCCUGCUCCAGUGAAACCAAUAAAAAAAACCACUCAGCCUAGUACAGACAAGAACGACAAAUCAGAACCAAAGGAAUCUCCUAUUGAUCCUAGUGGCUUUGAUCCAAUCAGACCAGUAAAACAAACUCUUAAACCAAGCUCAGACAAGAAUGGCAAAACAGAUAGUAUUAAAGAUUAUCAAGCUGAUGAUUAUGACACUAACCUCUGCAGUGGGCGUCCAGUCAGUGGUAUGACUACACUGAGAAAUGGUACCAUUGUAGUUUUAAAAGGACAUUAUUUUUGGACACUGGACAAAUACAGAAAUCCUGAUCCUCCUCAGUUAAUUACAAGGGUGUGGGGAAUCCCAUCUCCUAUCGACACCGUUUACACCCGCUGCAACUGCCAGGGCAAAACCUACUUCUUUAAGGGAAAGGACUACUGGAGGUUUGAGAAUGGUGUGAUGGAUCCUGGCUUUCCCAAACCUGUCAGCCAGGGCUUCGGACAGAUCGGUCAUAUCACAGCUGCUUUAUCUAUACCCGAGUACAGAAGCAGAAAAGAGUCUGUAAUCUUCUUCAGAAGAGGUGGGAUGGCUCAAAAGUACACAUACCAGGUUACUCCAACAUGUGGAAAAAAGCCCAAAAUUCCUGUGUUCACAGUGAGGAUGAGAACCAGACGACAAGCCGCUACAGCUCUGGGGCAAAUUAUCAAUAUCUCAAAGCACUGGAGAGGAUUUCCAACCAUGGUGACCUCAGCAGUGUCCGUACCCUCAAGGGUGAAAGAGGGAUACAAGUACUAUGUGUUCUCUCAAAAAAAGUAUUACAGCAUAAAAAUGGAAAGAGAAAAACCAGUGGUCUUGAAAUCUGCUGCAGGUCCAAGGGAAAACUCUGCAAGCAGCUUCUUCAAAUGCCAGGAAACUCAGAAAAACUGAGUCAUUCAUCUCUUUACCUCAUAUAUAUAUACAGUGAAUUUAGAUUUCUAGUGAUGCCCUUGUCUUAUGUGCCAUGGAAAAACAGCCUUUGGCAGUAAUAUGCUGCAUCGUCAGUGACAGAAUUAAGGACAAACUAAGAAUUUCCUUCAAAACAAUUUUAUUGUACGGAUGUAAAAUCAUUAAAAUAACAAUGAUGGAUUGCUCAAAGCAUUAAACUAACAAACAACAAUUAUAA